AUGGCACAGGCUGACACCAGGCUGACUAAGAUGAAGGCAAAGCCUGAUGUCGGCACUGCGCCAACUGAUCUUACAAGCAAGUCUGUCCACGCGUUGAAUAAUCACACAAGAAACUCUGACACCACACGGAAUGAUCAAAGAAUGAAGUCUGACACUGAUAAGACUGAUGACACAACAAGCACUGACACCCCAUCGAUUGAUCGCAUGGCAAUCUCUGACGCCGUGUUGACCGAUGAAGCCACAAACUCUGACGCUGCACUGCCUCAUCUCACUGCGGAGGUUGACACUACAACAACAACUAGGCGUCGCCUGGUGAUCAAAGGCUUUGGAAUGCUGAGCAAGGAUCCUGUGAUGGCCAAGAGAAUGUGCAGCCUCUCGGAAAGUCUCGUGCAGCUCCUGUGGGAUGCAGAUGUCGAGCUGGUUGAGCUGGCCUUGCCAAUAUUCCUGAAUAUGCUGCAAAACAAAGACAUCCUAACCUCCAGCCCCACUGCCCUGAAGCUGGCUGAGGCUCUGCGGCCACUCUUUGACAGUGACAACAGCCAUGUGCAGAUCCUCUCCAUUCACCUGUUCCAAGAGGUGAUGAAGUCGGUAGUGGAUGAGGGAAAGAAGCCCUUGAAGAUACAUGUGGUCCAGAACCUGUUCCCAUUCUUCCUCUACUGGCAUGAUGAGAACCAGCAAAGUGGCACAGGUGAGGACUUUCUAGGCUCUGGUGUUCCCGUGGCCUCUCAGAAAGCGCUUCUUCGUGCAGCCUGGUUUCUGAAGAGGAAGGAUCUCGAGCAGCUGCUGAAGACAGAGCAGCCAUUAAAAUUUGGCGAGUGCCUGCUGGAAAAGGACAAGAGCCAAGUGGCCGAAUAUGUGCACCAGGCCCUUCCAUACCUGGAGAGCCCACAGGAGCCCCUGCAAGAGGCAGCCAUCAAGUUCAUAGGAAUGGCCGGGAGAUACCUGAAAGGGCAGAAGAACGAGUUGCAGCUCGUCAUGGAUGCCCUUCAAGGCAUGACUCAUGACAGCACUGCCAUCAAACAUCUGGCACUCAAAAACCUGAAAAUGCUACGCUCUGCAGAGAGACCUCGUUCUUCUCCCCGUUCCAGCAGCUUGAAGACCCACUCCAGAAUGAAAGGAUUAGGGAGGCUCCUCGGUGGAGCAGCUGCCAGAGGUCUGCAGAGAACUGAUCCUGGGAACCCCGUCUGA